UUUCUUUUCUCCACCACCUAAAUAUAGGCAACAACUCAAACAAAACAUCUUUUACGCAGCAGUACCAGUGACCAGUGUACCACCAGUCCACUAUUCCCCAUUUUCCAGUUCCUUCACUGCGCGCAGCUUAAGCUUUUUGCCGGUAUUUGCAUUGUUAUGGUGGGAAUCGGAAGUUUGGAGUAUGAAUUACUUUCCCUUGUUGAAGUGUCGAGUGUCUGACACGGGAUUGUAGGACGUUCUUGACUUGAAGCUAAAUGGCGACUGUCCCAGUUAACCCAAAACCUUUCUUGAACAAUUUGACUGGAAAGCCCGUCAUUGUGAAGCUGAAGUGGGGAAUGGAGUACAAAGGUUAUCUUGUGUCGGUUGAUAGCUACAUGAACCUACAGCUGGCAAAUACAGAAGAAUAUAUUGAAGGCCAGAAGACUGGAGAUCUUGGAGAGAUCCUCAUCAGGUGCAACAAUGUCUUGCAUCUUCGUGGAGUUCCUGAGGAUGAGGAGAUAGAUGAUGCAGACCAAGACUGAAGAAUACUUUUGUAUUGCUCAUGAUACAGCUUGGAAUUAUACCAGCUCAUCUGAGAGGCUAUAUUUGGGGAAUAGGGGGUAGAAACUACUGGCUGAGAUGGAUAUGAUUCGUUCUCGUAUGUAAAAGAAUGACUUAAUUCAAGAUAAGGAACUGGAAUUUCUGUUCUCAGAUGUCAUGUUUAUGGCUUUAAAAGAGUUCCUUAACAUUUCAGAUUAGAAUUCUGAGAUCCUGUUAUUUGUUCGGACUGAAAAGCAUCAUAAGUGUUUUCUAUGAUGUCUUUAAAUGAUACACUUAACUAAGAAUCCCAAUGUAGAACAUAUGAGAAUAAUUAAGACUUUGGGUGUACAAUACUAUGGGCCUGUUUUUCCUAGCUUA